ACUUUGGCUCUAAGGGUCUCAAUUAUCACCUAAUGUUUUUGUUUUUGUUUGUUCAUCUUUUGUGUUUAUUUCUUAAGUGUCACUGUUCCAGUGGUUUCCUCUGUUCCUGCCCCACCCACCCUCACCUGUUCCUGUUUGUCUCACAGACAGGAAACCACACAGAGAGAAAUUUGAACUUUAAAAGGAAGUGAUGCUGCUGCUUGAAACCAGACGAGAGUGUCAGCUCAGCGCGAGGUGGUCGUUCCCUUUCAAGCUCAGAAAGAAAAGCAUCUCUCAGCUAAUAUUUCAUCCUCUUCCUCUGCAUGAUGGGAGACUUAGAUCUGCUUCAGGCCAUUGACUGCUCACCUGAGAACGAACUUUUGCUGUUAGUCACGCCUGUGCAGGAUUCGCUUGACGGGGGUCUGCAGCCGGGGGUCCCCUGCAAACGGAGCAUGAAGUGUGUGGCUAACCUGGUGCUGGUGGUGAACAGACUGAGCAAAGAUCUCACCUGUUUUGCUUCUGACCUGAGAGAAGACAAGCUCUGCAGUGCCAUCAUGGACUGUGUGAUAGAAGAAAUAGUUGUGAAGACUGAGAGAAGCAACUACAGCCGUGAGAAGAAAGUCAUCUUCAAACGUUCCAGCAGUGUGAGUAAGUUCAUCCUGCGGGACACCUUCCACAAAGAUUUCACUUGGAACUCAGGAAAGCUGAAGCUGCAGGCCAUCACUCUGAGGGACAGGUUCCGAGACCACAGAGUGACGUUUGAUAUGUUCAAAUACCACCCCACCCACGACUCUGAUGAAGGCGGGUUGACUGUUCUCAUGUCAGUGGGUGAAGGCAUGCACUUCUCCUGCUCCAUGUCUGCAGACAAACCUGAGCUCCAGCUGGAGGAAUGCAGUUUGGAGAGUUUAAAAGAGAUUUGUGAGGAUGAAAACACCAAUCGCUUCCUGUUCACCAGGAAAACGGAAGGAGUGUCUCUGACCACGUUCGAGUCUGUGAAGUACCCGGGCUGGUUCAUCAGCACCUCCUAUGAUGGGACCAACAAUUCGGUGGAGAUGUGUCAGGAAACUGAUGGACGGGUCAGAAGUUUCAGGUUGAGUCAACCAUAGAUAUGUACAGGAGAUACCUUACGGACUGGCAUGGCCUAUUGAAGCGGACGCUUCAGUGCGGCCGCCAUCUUGGAUGGGUACCUCUCGCGCUCCCAGCACAUUUACUUAUACUGAGAAAGGUGUUCAUUCAACUAAAAUAAUCGCAACUCCAUGAUUUUUUUUCACAUGAUUUGGUUUGUUACAAACAGCAGAGAUGUAGUUAUGUUAUUGGACACAGUCACACAAUAAAAAUAAGAGCUUUCAUGCUGAAAUACUUUUAUUGUUAUCUUAAA